CUGUGCAGUCUGCAAACAUUGCAUCUUAAUUCAUGUCAACGUCUGAUGUUCUUUCCUCCGUACCUAAAUUUUCCUGCACUGAGGCUGUUGAAAAUAUGGCAUUGCACGGCUCUGACAUGUCUGCCUGGAUUAAAGAUGAUGGAAUCCCUUGAAAAAUUAGAAAUAAUCGAAUGUCCUCAAUUCUCACUAUCGCUAGACCACAAUUUGCCAUGCAAACUUCACUUCUUGCUCAUAAGCAACUGCCCCAAGAUCUUGUGCUUGCCUGGGCUGGAACAACUUUUCUCCCUUAGAAACCUAAGAAUAUUUGAGUGUCCCGAGCUUCUGCUCCCACCACCAGAUCAACUUCCCUUCACGCUUCAAGUUCAACUAGAACUUUUUAACAGCCCAAAGCUCAUAGACUGGUGUCAAAGAUAUAACAUACCUUAUAAUAAUAAGGAAUCACACAAAGAACUAUUUGUUAGGAGCAGUGAGCAGAUCAAGCUAUGGCUUGAGGAAAAAUAUACAUUCUUUGAAAACAUAUGUGUUUUGGACUACGAUGAGGCUAUUCUUGAAACAGAUAAAUGGCCCGCUUUUCGACUCUUGGGCUUGUACAUUUGCUCCUGUGUUCAUUUGAAGUCUAUCUCAUUGAGGAAAAAUUUCAUUAGUCUAAAGCAACUAAGGAUAUGGGAUUGCUCCCAUCUGAAAGAGCUUUUUGCGCUAGAAAGGGUCACCACUCUGCAAGACGUGAAUAUAAGCAGCUGUCCAAACCUCGUUUUUCUUGGACGGUUUCCCAAUGGCCUUCAAUCGUUGACCAUUGAUAGAUGCAAUAAGCUUAACUUUUUGAACUGUAGGGAAAUGAAUCUAUCUUCACUUGAGAUUUCUUUCUGCUCAACUCUGAAACUUUUAACAGGACUGCAAGUCCAAGUCUUCCUCCAUUUCUUAAAAAUAAGCAACUGUCCUCAACUUCGUCUCUAUAAUGAAUUGCUUCCAGAUAUGUUGAAUCCCAACAAUGUCGAAAUCAGUGCAUGCCCACAACUACGAGAAUGGUGCCAAAACCAAGAUGUUGCCUACAUAUAAUAGCAAGUAAGGCUGAGUUUGUAACUAACAGUACAGAGCUCACCAAAUUAAAUCUCAGCUUUGCUUUGCAAGACAAAUCAGAGCUUGCUUCAACGUGGAUGUAUAUAUGGCUUCCUGUAAUGAAAGUUAGCUUGGGGUGCAUUCCAGUUUGUUUUUCAGAGUUUAGGAUUUUCUUUCUUGUUAUAUCAUUUUAUGUGAUAUAAGAAAUAUUGUUGUAAUUAAUAACUCUUAUCUAUUGAUUAUUUCUUUUUUGUAGAACCACAAAA